AUGAGAGAUAAUUUUGUCGAGGAGCCCGUAUUCAAUGAAGAUGUUUCCCGUCAAAGGUUUCGUAUGUCCAAAAGGUUGUUUUUAAAAAUUUUGAGUGACGUGCAAGCGAAUAACUCGUGGUUUCAAGACGCCGCGGAUGCUAGUGGUAGGAAGAGUUUUACAUCGAUUCAAAAAGUUACUUCGGCGAUUAAGCAACUAGCAACCGGCAACGCUCCAGACGAGUUCAACGAGUAUUUAAAUAUGUCCACAUGGACUUCCCGAGAAAGUCUAGAAUAUUUUUGCGAUACGGUAUGUAAUUUAUACGCUUCCGAGUUUUUACGUAGACCUACUAUCCACGACGUUGCGCUCUUGUACCAAGCUCAUGAGGAGAAACAUCACCUUCCUGGGAUGUUGGGUAGUCUUGAUUGUACACAUUUUGUUUGGAGAAUGUGUCCAACGGAGUUGCGGGGUCAAUAUAUGAUGGGGGAUCACAGUCACCCAACAUUUAUGCUCGAGGCGGUGGCCUCUCAGGAUUUAUGGAUUUGGCAUGCUUUUUGUGAUCCAGCAGGUUCACAAAACGACAUCAACGUGCUCCAACAAUCUCCGUCAUUUUUACUGAGCGAAAUGGAACUGCACCAAAAUGCCCAUUUUACGUGA